GGAGAGGCCGUGCCCUGGAGCGAACCUCCUCCGACUGCCUGGGAGAGAAGCACCUGUAGCUCUCGCUUAGACACUCCUCGGCCCUGCGAAGGUACCGUUACACGCCGAAAGAAGCUCUACAACCACGGGAACCAUGCUGCUAUACCAGUUGGCUGUCCUUGCUGCGCUCGCCGUUAUGGUGAAAGCGAUCGACCACGAAAGCGUUAACGCCACAGCCGUAGGAAUAUCUGGAAAUGGCGACAACGCGACGGGAACAGUCAUGCUGGACCCACUUAACAGCACUACAACUUCUAUGCAACCAACAUCCGAUCUUUUUACAACAACCAGAACAGAUGAGACGUCCAUCAAAAACACAUACACUAAUAUCACCAGCUCAUUGUCAAGUGCCAUCCCGACAACAACAAGCCCACCCGGCAACACAGUGACAACACGUCCACCAGACCCAACAGAUUACAUUCCCACCACAACUACAGUAACCCACAUUGCGCUCACGACAAUGAGGGAAGAUGACACAACUUGGAUGACGACAACCUCAGCCAGUCCAUCCAGCAAAGAUAUGUCAAUCAAAGCAACGGGUCAGACCAACUACUACACAUCCAUUGCGAACAACAAUGGAACAGUCUCAAUGACAACACUGGGCCCAUCAAUGACUCCAAAUGGUCUGAACAACAAGACAACGAUGAUGGUAACAGCUGGUCAGAGCAGUAAAGAGACAAUAUCGAUGUCAAGUACCAGCUCGAUCAACAAUGACAUAUCUUUUACAACAGUUGGCCUGACCACCAACGAGACAACCCCAAUGAUGACAAUCAGCCAUUCAAACACAAGCACAACAUUACAAACAUCAAUCGUCCUCACCAACAACAACAUAACCUCAAUGACAACAAACAGUCCAAUUGUCACCAAUACCUCAAUGGCUACCGGUCUGAACAACGGCGAGACAACCUCUAUGACGACAAUCAGCCUUACAAGCAAUGGCACAACAUUACCAACAAUAACCACUCUGACAAACAACAACUCGACCUCAAUGACAACAAACAGCCUGAUGAUCACCGAUCCCUCCACGGCAACCGGUCUGACCAAAGAGACAACAUCCAUGACGACAAUCAGCCUUACAAACAACAGUCCACCGAACACUGGUACUUCAAUGACAACAAACAGUCCGACUAACAACAACACAACCUCAUUGACAACAACAGGCCCAACCGACAAUACCACCUUGAUGACACCAGCCACUCCAACCAUCACUGACACAACAGGAAUAACCACCAGCUCAACAAACAUAAGCACAACACCGAUCGAUGACGCCACAUCUUCGACUGCAACUGCCACGUUGACUGACACCUGGAAUACAACUGCCACUCAGUCUUUUAAUGACACAACCACAGCAAUCCCUACCAGCCCUGCAGAGACUCCCACCAGUAUCACCCUAACUAGUCCUGCUCUCUCAACGGCAACAUCAGGAGCAACUACCUAUGAACCAACAAGCGAUCACAACCCAACCUCAGCCAACAAUGCCACCCAAACCCCGCCCAUCUCUACCAAGCAUCCAACUAUAGUUUGUCCAAUGGAACAGUGUCCCACUGAAAGCAUCUGCUUGAACGGAACCUGCCAGUGUCUCUCCGGAAGCCACUUGGUGGCCGGCCGCUGCACCCGUGCUCAAGUGUUUGCUGGGCAUCUCCACCUCACCUCUUUGACGUUUAAAAGGGACAUGUUGACCAGGUCCUCCAAAGUAUUCCAGGACACAGCGGCGAACAUCUCGGCGGCGCUUGCUGGUGCUUUUGCAGGUCAGCAUGGAUACAUUCGCUCUGAUGUGGUGCAGUUGGCCCCAGGAAGCGUUAUCGCCACUGUGAGCAACAUCUUUGAAAACACGCUGGCCUCUCAGGAGAAUAUCAAUCAGGUCAUCAAAAAUGCCAUUGUGAGCAGCUCUGUAAAUGACUUGCUGGCCAACGCGACAUUUAUAGGCACAGAGUUGUGCGAUCUGUCCCCAUUUCCCUGUGACGCCUCCACUGCUGUGUGCAGCAGCAGCAACGGCCUCGUGAGUUGUUCCUGUAAAGGCGGCUACAUCUCCACCGUUUACUCCAACACAAGCUGCAAGGCUUGUCCAAGCGGGGAGGAAGUGGUGGGCAAUAGCUGCCAGAGAUGUCCCUUUGGAUAUGCAGGUUUCAACUGCACAGACUCAUCUCUACUAGCGGUGGUGGUAGUCUCCUGUGUUCUAGGCGGCAUUUUACUCAUCUUAAUCCUGGUUUUACUCUCCUACUGUUGCUGGCUCCGGUGCUCUCGCAGUCAAGCAGACCAAAGCGAUGCCAGUCCAUACCCGGCGAGUGAGCUGAGCAAGCCGUGGCCGGUAGGCAUCACGCCCAUACCCCGCGCCACCACACCUGCUACUUGGGACGCGACAUCCGCCAUGGAAAUGAUGGACAAACGGCAUCACGGCAACGGCGUGGGCUUUCCUCCGAAGCAGAAAGGAUGGAAAAAGUCGGGCUCAUAUAAUCUCAACCCGGAUGGAAUGAAGACCUUCCAUACCAAAAACCCUUCACGUUAUUCGUAUCUGGUGCAAGGCCACGAGAACCCCUACUUCCUGCCUGGCGACGACAAGAGAAACUGAUACACCUGUCCCUGUUGUCCACCCAAUGGACGCUUCUCACUUGAGCGCUGCUAACAGUGGCCAGUUGUUGUCACUGUUGAUUUUCUUUCCUCGUCGCCUUGAAAAUGUUUGAAUUGUGUGACAUUUCCUGUUCAAUCAAAAUAUUCUUUUAAUGUGGCUUAUAUUAUAUCAAUAAUUAAUAAGAAACUAUAAUGACAAUGUAAGGGCUGGUCCCUCUUUCUAAAUACCGGUGAAGGGAUUUUAAUUUAGCACUCUAAAAGUUUAAAGUGUUUUAAGAUGUUUAAUGUUGGUUCUUGUGCAUGUGCCAACUAUCACUAUUGUCAUCAUACUGCUGGUCUUCUUUGUGUGUUUCAUAAGCUUGUACAGUUUUGUUUUUGUAAAUGGCACAUCAGCAAAAUAAAUGACUUAAUUUAAACACAA